GAAGACGGGUAGGGAGGGGCCGGCGCCCGGGUAGCGGGCAGGGAGCGGGAGCGCCGAGGCCGAGACCCCCGCCCGCGCUCGCGGAGGAGCCGCGCUGUUAGGCCGGCCCGGCGGCAGGCCCGGUCUGAGGUCUGGCAGCCAGUGACAGAGCCGGGCGUCCACGGCCCGAGCGCCCCCAGCAGCACCAUGCCUGCGCUCCUGGAGCGCCCCAAGCUUUCCAACGCCAUGGCCAGGGCGUUGCACCGGCACAUCAUGAUGGAGCGGGAGCGCAAGCGGCAGGAGGAAGAAGAGGUGGACAAGAUGAUGGAACAAAAGAUGAAGGAAGAGCAGGAGAGAAGGAAAAAAAAGGAAAUGGAAGAGAGAAUGUCACUAGAGGAGACCAAGGAACAAAUCCUGAAGUUGCAGGAGAAGCUUUCGGCCCUCCAGGAAGAGAAGCACCAGCUUUUCCUGCAGCUCAAGAAAGUUUUACAUGAGGAAGAAAAACGGAGGCGGAAGGAGCAGAGUGACCUGACCACUCUGACAUCGGCAGCAUACCAGCAAGGCCUGACUGUUCACACAGGAACUCACCUCCUCAGCAUGCAGGGGAGCCCCGGAGGACACAAUCGGCCAGGCACCCUCAUGGCAGCUGACAGAGCCAAACAGAUGUUCGGCCCCCAAGUGCUUACAAACCGACACUACGUGGGCUCAGCAGCUGCUUUCGCAGGGACCCCGGAGCAUGGGCAGUUCCAAGGCAGCCCCGGCGGCGCCUAUGGGACUGCUCAGCCCCCACCUCACUAUGGACCCACCCAGCCUGCCUAUAGUCCUAGUCAGCAGCUCAGAGCACCUUCGGCAUUUCCUGCAGUGCAGUACCUGUCUCAGCCACAGCCACAGCCCUAUGCUGUGCACAGCCACUUUCAGCCCACCCAGACAGGCUUCCUCCAGCCCGGUGGCGCCCUGUCCUUACAAAAGCAGAUGGAACACGCUAACCAACAAACUGGCUUCUCUGACUCAUCCUCCCUACGCCCCAUGCAUCCCCAAGCUCUGCAUCCAGCCCCUGGACUGCUUGCCUCACCCCAGCUCCCUGUGCAGAUGCAACCAGCAGGAAAGUCGGGCUUUGCAACCACCAGCCAGCCUGGCCCUCGGCUCCCCUUCAUCCAGCACAGCCAGAACCCGCGAUUCUACCACAAGUGACCAUCAGAGUCUAUCAACCUCGCUCCCAGCCCCUGCCCCCUACUGUGGGGGAGGAUCCCUGGUGUGCCUCAGUCCCAGGCCAAUAAAAUCUACCUGCCACUGCC